UUCGAUUACAUUUUAAUUAGCCAAUAUUCCUAUCCCUUCUCAUUAUCAUGCAGCAGGAAAUUCCCCUGGUCCUGGGCUUCCUUCUCCUUGUCUUCGCUGUGUUGAGAUUAGGGAAGAAAUCAAAAGGCCAUGACUCAACUCGCACACCACCUCCGGGACCAUGGAAAUUACCCUUAAUUGGAAACAUCCAUCAGCUAGCUAGCUCUGCAACAAUGCCCCAUUAUCUCUGUGCGCAUUGGGCCAAGAAAUACGGCCCAAUCAUGCAAAUUCAGAUUGGAGAAGUUCCUACUGUUAUUAUUUCUUCACCAGACGCAGCAAAAGAAGUGUUGAAAACGCAGGAAAUCAACUUUGCUGAAAGACCAGCUCUCCUUGUUUCAGAAAUCAUGCUUUACAAUGGCCAGGGCAUGUCAUUUGCAAAAUUUGGAGACCACUGGAAACUAAUGCGAAAAGCAUGCAUAUGGGGGCUAUUUAGUGCAACACGUAAACUCUCAUUCAGAUCAAUCAGGGAAGAAGAGGUAUCAAAUUUAAUCAGCACCAUCCGUUCGAAAGCAGGUUCACCAAUCAACCUCAGGGAAUUGCUUUUGGAUUUGUCAAAUGAAAUUAUUACAAGAACAAGCAUUGGUAAGAAAUGCAAAAACAAAGCUCGAUUUUUACACACUAUUGAACAAGUGUCAAAGUCAGUAGGAGGUGUGAAUAUUGUAGACCUAUUCCCUUCCGCUAGAUUAGUACACAUGAUCAGUAACAUGACGUCUAGCCUCCAGAGGUUGCAUGAAGAAACGGAUCAGAUGCUUGAAGACAUUAUAAAUGAACGUAGAGCCAGCAGGGUAGAGAAGAAGGCAGGUGAAAAUAAAAUUGAAGCAGGGGAUGAUCUUCUGGAUGUGCUUCUGAAUCUCCAAGAUGAUGGAAACUUUAAAGUUAAAACAGAUAGCAUCAAAUCAAUUAUCCUGGAGAUGUUCAUUGGUGGGAGUGAAACGUCGUCAACGAUUUUGGAAUGGACACUGGCGGAAUUGAUGAAAAACCCAAGUGUAAUGGACAAGGCACAGAAAGAAGUGAGGCAAGUCUUGGGUAAUAUUGAGAAUGUUGAUGAAUCAAGUAUCGGAAAUUUGAAUUUCUUGAAGCUAAUUAUCAAAGAAACUUUGAGAUUUCAUCCUCCAGGACCUUUCAUUCCAAGAGUAUGCGUCAAUAGUUGUGAAGUUCAUGGAUAUGCCAUAGAAGCUAACAGCAAAGUAAUGGUGAGUGCAUGGGCUAUUGGAAGGGAUCCCAAUUAUUGGAUCGAACCUGAGAAAUUCCAUCCUGAGAGAUUCCUAGAUAUCUCCGUUGAUUAUAAAGGUGCCAAUUUUGAAUUCAUCCCAUUUGGUUCUGGAAGGAGAAUCUGCCCAGGAAUGACCUUUGGUUUGGCUAAUGUCGAGUUGGCUCUUGCGCAACUGUUAUACCAUUUUGAUUGGAAACUUCCAAAUGGAGUAACACCAGAAGCUCUUGACAUGGAGGAGCAUUAUAGUUCCCUGACCAGAAGAAAGCAUGAUCUUAUAUUAAUUCCCGUCCCAUAUCGUCCUUCGUCCAUGUAAUGAAUACGAAUUAUAAACCACCGUUUGUUUUUCUCUUUCUUUUUGCUGGCGCAUGGUCUUCGUUUGGCGCGCAUGGGUUUUAUCCGUUGCAGGAGUAGUGGCCUGGCUCACUAUUUCUCCCUUUUCAAGUAUUUAAUCAUCAUUAAUAAAUUUUGAUCUUACCAAAA